AUGGAAGGAGACGACAGAACGCUAGAGGAGAACAAGGAGCAUAGCCCUGGUGGGGAGGUGCUGCAGUCGGAUGCGGCGGGAGAGGCUGAGAUCCCUGAAAGCAAGAAGGAGAAGAAGAAAAACAAGAAGAAGGCGAAGAAGAAGAAAUCGGCGAGUGGCUCGAAGAGUAGUUCUGCCGCAUCAACGCCGCGAUCGGCCGAGGACAAGGACGAAAAAGCCAAGGAGAAGAUUGAAGAUGAAGAUGAAGCUCUCGCAGAAGACGAAGACGAGGACGAAGAUGACUUUGUGGUAGACGAGGAGUUCCCAGACAUCAGCCGCGUUGUUGGCGCGCUCAGGCGCACCUUCAACAAGGGCAAGACCCAAUCCCUCGACUGGCGCAAAGACCAGCUGAAGGCGUUGAGAGACCUGUUCGUGGAAAACGAGGAGCAGAUCCUGGAGGCUCUCGCCCAAGACCUGGGCCGGUGCCGCAUGGAGAGCGUGCUCUCUGAGAUCUCCACCACCGUCGCCGAAAUCGAUCUCGCCCUGCGCAAUCUGAAGACCUGGGCACACCCGCAGAGGGUGUCGACGCCGCUGGCGCAGAUGAAGGGCCUCUCCCACUCAGAGAUCCACAAGCAGCCACUCGGUGUGGUUCUCAUAAUCGCGCCGUGGAACUACCCCAUCAACCUGUGCCUGGCGCCUCUCGUGGGCGCGCUGGCGGCGGGUAACGCGGCGCUGCUCAAGCCGUCUGAGCUCUCCAAGCACUCGUCCCACCUGCUGGCCGAGCUCGUCCCCAAGUACCUGGACCCCGAGGCCGUGCGCGUGAUCGAGGGCGCCGUGGCGGAGACGACGGCCAUCCUGCGCCACAAGUUCGAUCACAUCUUCUACACGGGCAGCACUUCGGUGGGCAAGGUGGUGAUGCGCGCCGCCGCGGAGCACCUCACUCCCGUGACCCUCGAGCUCGGUGGCAAGAGCCCGUGCAUCAUCGACAGCAAGGUGGACAUCGACCCGGCCGUGCGCAGGGUCGUGUGGGGCAAGUUCUGGAAUGCGGGACAGACCUGCAUCGCCCCCGACUACCUGCUCGUGCACGAGGAUGUGAAGGAGGAGUUCGUGGAGAAGUUGAAGGAGGUGACGAGGGAGUUCUACGGCGAGGACCCGAAGGAGAGCAAGGACUUUGCUCGCAUCAUCUCGACCAACCACGUGAAGCGCCUGUCGAGCUACCUCGACGAGGUGCGCGGCCGCGACGACGUCACGAUCCUCAACGACAAGGGCGGCGAGGUCGAGGAGAGCGAACGCUACGUCGCUCCCACACUCGUACUCUGCGAAGGCAACUGGAUCAAGAAGGGCAGGGGAGGUCCUCUCGACGUGAAGCUGAUGUCGGACGAGAUCUUCGGUCCUAUUUUGCCCAUCUUCACCAUCAAGUCCCUGGACGAGGCCGUGCGCUUCAUCAACAAGAGACCGCAUCCGUUGGCGCUUUACCUCUUCUCCAAGAAUAGCGCCAACGUGGACCUUGAAGACCAUCUCCGGCGGGGCCAUGGUGAACGACACCAUCAUGCACUUCACCGUCCACUCCCUCCCGUUCGGUGGCGUGGGCGACAGCGGCAUUGGCGCCUACCACGGCCAGGCGUCGUUCGACGUCUUCUCGCACCACAAGAGCGUACUCAACAAGACGACCAAGUUCGACCUCUCGGUCAGGUACCCGCCGUACAGCGACAACAAGCUCUCCUUCAUCCAGAUGCUGGCUUGA